UGCAGUACCUACUUGAAAUAUUUAAUGGACCCUGUAUUACAAGAAUAUGUGGUAUAAUGUAUUAUUCUAGUGAACAACUCUCAAUAUCAGAACUAAGCAUUAAUGUUAAAUGACUGAUCUGAUUGUGUAAUUUAGGAUGGCGUGAUGCUCCAGGAUUACGUAACUAGUAGCAACGUUUCUGUAGUCGAGACCACUCUUGCAUGGCUGGUGCAUAUAGUGGGUUCCAUCAUGAGAAUGAAGGGAUAUCCUGGUGGCCAAUCAAAUGAAGUGAUUGAUGCAGAACUUAUAGCACGUAUUUUGAAGUUAAUAAAUGUCAUGUAUACUGGAUCUUAUGUACAGGCUGCAGAGCGCCUUAUUAUGAGUGAUAGGAACUCAAAAGCCAUCUUGAAGAAUUCCAAAGGGAUCCUGAGAUAUCAAGCUGGCUUGAGGAUGCAGCAUAUCUUUAGUUGCUAAAUCGACAUCUUUCUGCACUGGUGAAAAUACAUCAGAGCGAAAAACACUUUGUAAGACUUGACUAGCUUAUAUUCUUGAAUAUUAUGUGUGUGACAAAUCAUUUAUUGAUAAAAUACUCAUACUUCAAGUUGGACAGAUUGACUUAUUCAUCGCCCAGCAGUUUCUAUUUUUUGUUUUAUGGGUCAGCUUAAAGUGGUGAUUUGUACAUUAGACAUUGUUUUUAGGUGAUUUUGCUUCACCUACCGCCCACUUGAGUAAUAAACUCGCCCUAUCUUGGUAAAGCUUAAAGUGGAUGAUCUUCCUAGUUGCCAUCCUUGUUGAUAAAAUUUUGAAGUAUGUCGUUUCUGCAUAAUUACUAGCCUACUUGGUCUCUGGCAAAUAGCAAUGCGCCUCUGCUUUGUGUUGUUCUUUUAUAUAAUUAUUUUCUGUUAUAAAUAUAAUUUCUUUAUCCUUAAAAUAAGAGAAAAAUUGACAAGAAUAAUCCAAACUAUCACCGUUCCGCUUAAAAUAAUCCCAACUAUGGGUUAUCUUAGAAUAAUCCAAACUAUUGGGGGUACUUACUCAAAAUAAUCCAAACUUUUAAUUAUCCUAUAUAUAAUAGACCCAAAAGGGAUCAUUGAAAGAAAGAAAAAUAAAAGUUUGAAUUAUUUUGGGAAAGUACCCCAAACAGUUUGGAUUAUUCCAGAAUAACCCAAAGUUGGAAUUAUUUUGAGCGGACCGUUCAUAGUUGGGAUUAUUUCUGUCAAUUUUUCCUAAAAUAAGUACUAAUAUCUUUCAUCUUGGGAUGUCUCACAAAGUAGCUAAUAUCCCAUUUAUAGUACUUUUGUCCUUCCUACUUUUUAAUGUAGUUGGAGCCUCACACUCAACCAUGAACCACCCACUUUUGAUUUGUACUUCUUCACUUUCCUUCACUUUCUAGAUGUUAACUUGGUUUACUUUAGGAGAGCAUACGUCAUUUUAAUGGGCUGUAAUAUCUUCUAGUUAUUUCAUGAUAUAUAGUUGUGAACUAGCUAAUGCUUGUCGGUUUGUUUGAAGCCCUCUAUAUGAUUGGGAAGCAAUGGCUUUGAAAUGGCCUUUACUUGCAGAAACUUGACUAGAACGAUCAAAUCAGACUUGUAGUCGUCCUAGUAGUUCUUAAACAACAUAUAGAAACCUGAGUGACGAUGAAGAAGAUGCUGGUUUCCAGACUUAAAAAAAAAAAAAAAAAAAAAAAAAAAAAAAAAAAAAUUAUCGCUCACUAUCUUCAAAGCAGCAACUGGUUUUACGCAGCAAACAGACAAAAUGCUUCAGAACUACAGUCUUACUAGUAAUUUUGAACAGCAACAGACAAGUUUCUCAACAGUAUAAAGCUACAAAACUAUUCAUCAACUAUAAAGCUUCUACAAGACAAAUUUGUGAACAGUUUAAAGCAGAAGACAAAUUGUUCAUACACAGUAAAACAACGUGACAUUACUACUUCUCCCCUGCCUAUAUAUUGAGGACUCUUCUUCAGUUUAAGAGCAGAGCAAAAUACACAAGAACAAAAGCUCCUCAGAAAAUCUCUCUCUCUCUCUCUCUCUUCUUCCACAAAUAAAUUUGUAACUCUCUUUAGUAUUUUCAGUUUCAUAUCAAGACGAUUUGUAAGUCUUUCAUUUUAAGCAAUGGCUGGUUAAACCGCCUUAGUUUUAAUUGUUUAAUGUUUUAUUUUUAAGAUUUUAUUUUAUCUCUGUAUUAUCUGUUAAAACCCCCAGAUCCUUGGCGUUAUCCUGGUAUCAGAGCCAAGGGGUUGUAGUAUUUUGUUCCUUAUAAAACUUUAUCUUUCUGGUUAUAGUACUUUCCAUUCGCUGCAAAACACAUUUUUGCCAGAUGGCAGUCUAUUUUAAGCAUUUUUGAAUUUGAGAUUGAGCAUAUAAAAGGAGAAGAGAAUUCUAUCCCUGACUUCUUAACCCGUGAAUUUCUUACAGAAAUGCCAAAAAAGACAAAAGAUAAGGAGAAGUCCCGACCUCCUCCUGAGAAAACCAUAUGCACCACACAAAAGCCAAUAAAAACCUGGUACGACGCAGUUCAGAAUAUGGAAAGUGAAACCUCCUCCAUUGAUAGAACUCAGGAAGUUCAAGACUGGCUCCUUUCCAUCUCUGAGCAACCUUCUUCUAUCCUAAAACACCCCCAAAUACUCCAAGCUUUCCAAAGCUCAAAGCAAAGCCAGGUUAACUCCAACAA